UUUGUUCUUCGAAACCCAGAAAUCAUCUUGUUGAGAAAUAGCAAAAUGGUAUCAGAGCGUACCUAACCUUUUAUAAUACCUUUCAUUUCUUCUUCGCCUCUUUCUUACCCAUCUUUCCAUUUCUUUUUCGUUCGUCCUCCGCAUUUGUUACCUAAGCCAUGGCUGAUAACACCCCUUCUCUCUCUUCUGCAACCUCCGAUAUCCCUUCUUCUACAUCCUCAAUCUCAUCCCCAGUUAACCCUAACCCAGAUCCUUCUUCUGUUUCUCUCCCCCAACUUUCUUCUGUUCAUAACCUUGAUCCCUAUGCAAAUCCUCUUUUUCUUCAUGCCGCUGAUUCUUCCAGUUUCACCCUUGUUUCUGAAAAAUUACAGGGUGAGACUAACUACAACCUUUGGUCCCGCUCUGUUAUCAAGGCUUUAAUCACGAAGAACAAGCUUGGUUUCAUUUUUGGGACACUCCCGAAGCCAUCGGAGUCUCAUCCCGAUUUUGGAGCAUGGUCACGCUGUAAUGCUCUGGUGGGCACCUGGCUCGCCAACUCGGUUUCCUCUGAAAUCGCAAGACUGAUUACCUAUCUGGACGAGGCUGAUGUCAUUUGGCAAACUUUGGAAACUCGCUACAAACAGAAGAACGUCUCGAAGAUCUUUAAUGUGGAGCAGAAAAUUGAAUCACUGCACCAAGGAGCUUCAGAUCUCAACACGUUCUUCACCAAACUCAAUACCCUCUGGGAAGAGCUCAAGAACUACGAACCUUACCCUGUUUGUUCUUGUGGUGGUUGCACCUGUCAAGCAAAUGCUAAGUUCAUCGAGCUCUGUGAACGUCGAAAAGUGGUUCAGUUUUUGAUGAAGCUGAAUGAGUCUUACUAUCCUGCGCGCCGCCAGAUUCUGAUGCUUGAACCACUGCCCAGUAUUUCGAAGGUUUAUAACUUGAUUUCGCAAGAAGAACACCAAAGGCAGACCCGAUCUACUUCUUCUGAUUCCGUGGUGUUUCAAACCUCUGCUUCUUCCUUUACCAGAGGUAAACCUUCUUUCACUGCUCAGACCAAGUCUCGUCCAGUUUGUGCUCAUUGUGGCCUACAAGGUCAUAUGGUCCACCGCUGCUACAAGUUGCAUGGCUAUCCACCUUCUUCGAGGUUUCUUGGGUCUUCUAAACCACCUCUGCUGCCGCGCCCAAAGUCAGGUUCUGACUCUAAGAAUCAUUACCCUGUUAAUAUGAUUGUCUCUGAGACAGGACAUGUGCCCAAGACUUCUACAAUGGAACAGGCUCAAGCCUUGUUUGAGAACUUUCAGUCUCAGCUCAAGCUUCUCGGGCCUUCCUCCACAAGUUCAGACUUGGUUGCGGAUCCUAAGCCAUCUCCCACACCAGGACCCUAUGCAGGGCUUGAUGAUUGGGAGGGGUGAGCUUAUCCAGAAUUUAUACAUUCUACAGCCGUUUUCAGUUUCUUCUCAUUCACUGCCUUCUACUCCAGCUUUUUCUCUCUCCACCGUUGAUCUCUGGCAUCAACGUCUUGGACAUCUCUCCAGUUACAAAGUGCAAGCAUC